UCGGGCACCGACAUCAACCCAAGUCUCUAAUAGGAUAAAGCCCCAGUGGAAAGAACACAAAUAGACCUGAGCAGCUUGAAGACAUCACACAGAGAACGUUGCUCUUCAGGCUAGCAGGGCUUCAACAAACCGGUUCCAGCUCCAGGAUGCAGCUCCUGCUGAGUUUGGCUGUCGUCAUGGCGACGCUGGGCCCCAUCCAGCCGCAGCCAGUACCAGCGGAGGUGUUGAAGCAACUGUCCCUGGAUGGGGAGAAGCUGGUGGGCGAGGAGCUGAGGGCGGCUCUGUACGGGGUCAAGCAGAUGAAGGAGGUGAUGUGGAGGAACGCGCAGAAGCACCAGCACCUCAUGACCUCACUGGACCACAGCAUCGACAAGAAGAAGGGCGCGGCCCAGCUGGCCAGAGAUGUGACCGACAAGCUGCAGGAGGCCGAGGAGCAGUGCCGGGACUCCCUGAAGGAGGAGUGGGAGGCCUGCAGACCCUGCCUGGAGGACGCCUGCAAGACCUUCUACACCUCCACCUGCCGCCGGGGAUUCACCUCCUUCCAAGCCAAAGUGGAGAACUUUUUCCGACGUGUUUCCAAGCGCUUCGGCCCCAGAGAGGCCGUCCCCGUGGAGGAGGAGGAGCUCCAGCUCCAGCAGGGCCCCGACGACUCGGACACGGCCGUGCUCCGCAUCAAGGACUCCUUCAGCCACCUGGUCAGCAGAGUGGGAUCUGUGGUCAGCCGCAGCGAGACGCUGGUCUCCAGGAUGAAGGACCGGAUGGACCAGGUCCUCCAGCAGGCCUUCCUCGGCAACACCAGCCUGCUGGUGGAGGAGGCUGCCUCCGACCCGUACAGCCCGGCCCGGGACUCGGGCUUCCUGCAGGGCGUGGGCCUGGACGAGGUUCUGGACUCCUUCUUCGACUUCGGGAAGAGCGUGGUGGAGGAGUUCGGAGCCGUGGUGACGCAGGUGUUCGACAACCUGCAGGAGACUGUGGAGGAGCAGGAGAAGAGAGCAGCUGCAAACCUGCCUGGUCUGCUGAGGAGCAGGAAUCUCUGCCGAGACCUCCGCAGGCAGACGUCCGAGUGCUGGCAGCUGCAGAGCCAGUGUGAGGUGUGCCAGGGAGACCUGCUCAGCGAGUGCCCCAGCGUGCGGGAGCUCCACGGCGAGCUGGAUGAAGCGUCGCAGCUGGUGGAGGUGUCCAGAGAGCAGUACGAGGAGAUCCUGUCCAUCGUCCAGCGACACACCGACGAGACGGUCACCUGGCUGGGCAGCAUGGCGGACCAGUUCGGCUGGGUGGCUCGGACGGUGGCAGACCCGGGCGAGCCCAACAUCAUCUUCCAGAUCACCAGGGUGGCGCCAAAGGGCAGCGAAGCAAACGCCUCCGAGUCAGAGACCAGAGUUGAGGUCAACAUCUUCAACUCCUCUCCUCUUCUCCUGUCCGUCCCCGGGGAGCUGGACCUGCAGGACCCAGCCUUCAUCCAGUACGUGACCCAGGAGGCUCUGAACAAGCACAAGGCGAUGGUCAGAAGCAGUGACGACGUCUGAGCUCUCGCUUCAGUCAGGUCUCCUCUGUAGCACCACUGUAAACACUUUCUGAUAAAAGCUCAACAUAAAUAAAAGACCACUUUACUCGCA